AUCAGGUCCUGGUACACCCAGAUGUGUUUUCACACAUAGUCAGGAACUUGGAUCCACCCUUUUUCAGUCUGCCAGCCCUCAAUUUAUUGCCUCCUUAAAGCAUCUUUAAUAGGACACGUGCUUUGAGCUUAGGCACGCUCUGACAGCGAUCAAUCAGCGCGUUCCCUGAUUCCCCUGCCAGCCCACCCCGAGCUUCAUGGGUUGAACCACCAGAAGUUCGUCAAUCCUCCUCUCCAUUCUCUCCUCCUCUUCAUCCUCCGCUCAACCCCUCCAACCCAACCUCCUCUUUCAGUGAUGGCUACUCGUGCCUUGGGCUUGUUUGGAAUUGUAACUGCAACAUCACCCUCCAGUACACAGACUUGCGUCCGCUGCAGCCUGGAGUGAGAGAUCCCGAGAGACAGAGGAGGAGGGGUGAGAGAAAGGGAGACACAGACAGAGGAAGAGAGCAGUGCCACAAAGCAGAGAGAGAGAGAGGAAGGAUCAUAAUCACAGUCACAGUUGCAAAGGGAUCCACCUGUCCCACAGAGGAAGGGGCCCCCCCAACCUGAUCCAUCUGGUCGCAGGGGGGGACCCUGCGUGGCCGGCAAGGCAGCAGGGACUAUGCAGCUGGGACUGGUGGCGCUGGCAAUGGUCUUCCUCAGCUCCAUGGGUCAAGGCGAUUCUCUCAAGCUCUCCAAGGCGAGAAGGCAGAGACGGGUUAGCACUGAAGGGCCUCCAUCUUGCCCAAAAGGCUGUGAACGGUGCUCGGAGUACAAUGGCUGCAUUAAAUGUAAGCCCAAGCUCUUCAUCUUCCUCGAGCGCAAUGACAUCCGUCAGAUCGGCGUGUGCCUCGCCUCCUGCCCCGUGGGAUACUUUGGCAUGAGGAACCCAGAAGGCAACAACAGAUGCACGCAAUGUAAAAUAGAGAAUUGUGAAGCCUGUUUCAAUCGCAAUUUUUGCACAAAAUGUAAGGAGGGCUUGUAUUCACACAGUGGGCGAUGUUAUGUCAGCUGCCCUCCAGACCAGCGCACCGCCAAUGAUACCAUGGAGUGUGUCGGUCAGCGUCCUGCAGAGUGUGAACUAGGCGAGUGGGGCCAGUGGGGAUCUUGUACGAAGAAGAACAAAACAUGUGGAUUUAAAAAAGGCUCCCAGUCUCGGGUUCGCUUGCCCGUCCUGCAUGUCCACAGCCCGGACACCUCGCCGGCUUUUGUGCCCUCGCAGACCUGCGCGCCUCAGACAGAAAGGAGGAAGUGCAUCGUGGCCAAGACGCCCUGUGUGAGAGAGCGGAAGAAUAAGGGAGACCGGCAAGAUGACCCAAACAGAAGAGAGCGGGAGAAUUUGCGCGGGCGAGGAGGAGGAGGGGGGGGAGGAGGAGGAGGAGGGGGAGGAGGGGCAGGAGGAGGAGGAGGAGGAGGGGGGAAGAGGAGAAGAGGCCAGAGCCGAACCACCGCCACUCCUCCCAGCAACACAACAAGCUUCUUCUCCUAAACUCCACGGCCUGCUGGAUGGAGCCGAGAGGACAGAAACGAUGAUACAGGUCAUAGUGGUGAAGGAAAAGGAUAAAUGCUGCUAUGCAUUGCAGAAGAUGCAAAGAGAACUGGAGGAGGAUUGCUGCAAAGGAAAGGCUUCUCUGAGCUUUUUGAAAAGCUGAACAUAUCGUGGAGAUACUGGUGUUACAGUCAGUAAGACUUGAGGGAUCAUUGGACCGUAAACCUCUGUUGAAGACUGCGUUUGGACAUGGUUUACGGCACUAAAAGACUUCUAUCACAUCUCUUAAGUGAAAACAAAUACAAGAGUUCCAAAUGCAGCACAAAGACAAAAAGGCCGAUUACAAAUGAAGACGGCAGACCUUAUUUUAAUCCCGAUUUGUCUUCAUUUGUUUUGUGAGGUGGAUUUUUUUUCAACAGCCGCUUUACGUGACAUAAAGACAAUGACAAGCAAAGGCUGUUGUACCUUUAUUUCCUAUUGUGAGUUAUAAAAAAAAAAAGAAAAAAAUUAAGAAAGGCACUGGAAACCAUUUGUGGUUGUUGAGGACAGAAGGUCUUCUGUGUAUUAUUUUGAGAAGGGAGUCUUAUGACAAAAUAAGCCGAAGAGGAGACGCAGAGGAGGAUUACUGGGAGCUCCUUCUCUGGUGUCUUUACACAAACUCUUGCCAUUUGAUAGCUUAUUGUUUGUUUCAAAUUCGAUGUUAGUGUUUGUAACUCUGCACAGAAAAGGAAGAGUAAAAAACAUGAUUAUUUGCAUGUGUACGAGGCUGCAUGUGCGUGCCUCUGUGCAUGCAAACGUGUGUGUGUGUGUGUGUGUGUGUGCGUGCGUGUGUGUGUGCGUAUGUGUUUGUCCCUACCUAAGUGUUUGUACUUUGUAUGCAUUUCUGCACGGAAUCCUGUUGUGUGUCGACAGAACUUAGAUGUUUGUACAUGUGUGUUUACAUUUGCACAUGUGUGUUAAAAUUGCUCUCAUAGAAUGAAGGAAUAGGAUCUGAAACCAGAGGAAGGAAAUGUAAAUCCACAGCGAUAUAUCAAAUAUGCAGUAACUACAAGCCACUGAUUAUUAUACAAGCCAUCCAGUCAUCUGCUGCUCAGUAAGCGUGUCUGUUCGCAACAGGGUCUGAAGAUUUUGCACAACUUUAAUGUUUCCUACUGCUCGAGUUUCAGAACAGUCACAGCAUCUUACAUGUUUAUUCUAUCAAAGCUGGCUUUCAUGACAUUGAUGCAGAGAAAUGUGCUUGUUUUUUUUCAAGAACUUUUCUUUCGUGGGUCUGUUUGCUUCACACAAGGUAUUCGCUUCAGAAGGAGUCACACGUUACAUUAAUCAUGCAUACUAUGGAUUGUGAUACUGAAUAUGUCCAGCUGUGCUUAUCCUCAUCAAAAGAAAGAAAUAUUAGUAUCAUCAUGUAUAGCUUAUCCUGUGAAGGCCGAAAUAAAGUUCAGAUGAAGCUGAUGAAACUUCGGUCAUACACUGA